GCCAGGAGCUGGAGCGGGAGGUAGGCGGGGCGGCGCGUGACCUAAGGCCUCUCUGCCGCGCGCGCAGGUACGGGGCCGAAGUCGCAGGUACCCAGCUGCUGCCCACAUUUCUGGUCCAGAGUUCCGAACCCCGAACACUGGGAUGCCUGGCUACUCCGAGUCAAGGCACUGAUGUUUGAACUGGAAACUUCAAAACUUUUAAUAAGAGUCUUCAGGAUGGGUUUGAACUAGACAAGCUAGAAAUUUCUUUGGAACACCAGCUCUAGCAUGCGUCUCCCACUUUUGGCUUUCCUGGAGAGGAGCUUGAAGAGGUGGUUCUGCAGACAGCCACAGUGAUACUCAGGAAACCAGAGGAAUGGAUUUGACUUUUCUGCUAGGAUUCUCUGUUAUAGUUUCUCCCUGAGUUGUAAGAGGCAUGGAAAUAUACAUGAAACUGAAGAACCUGCAAGGAAGGGAAGUGGAACUUUCCAUGCUGAGUGAAAACUAACCAAGUGGCAGUUGUGACUGAAAACACUGAAACCUACCACGUCCAGAUUCACUGGAUUGGGGGAUAGAGGAACGGUCACAGCUAGGGAAAAAGAAGUGAUACCGGAAAAGAAAACCUAAAUGAAGAGAAUGAGGAUGACUGCACAGUAGAUGGCCACCUCUACCUCCACAGAGACAAAGUCAGCCUCGUGGUGGAAUUAUUUUUUUCUUUAUGAUGGUUCCAAGGUAAAGGAAGAAGGCGAUCCAACAAGAGCUGGCAUUUGUUACUUUUAUCCUUCCCAGACCCUGCUAGACCAACAGGAGUUGCUUUGUGGACAGAUUGCUGGAGUUGUCCGCUGUGUUUCUGACAUUUCUGACUCUCCUCCUACUCUUGUUCGUCUGAGAAAACUGAAGUUUGCCAUAAAAGUUGAUGGAGAUUACCUUUGGGUGCUGGGCUGUGCUGUGGAGCUCCCUGAUGUCAGCUGCAAGCGGUUUCUGGAUCAGCUAAUUGGAUUCUUUAAUUUUUACAAUGGACCUGUUUCCCUAGCUUAUGAGAACUGUUCUCAGGAAGAACUGAGCACGGAGUGGGACAUCUUCAUUGAGCAAAUUCUGAAAAACACCAGUGAUCUGCAUAAGAUUUUCAAUUCCCUCUGGAACUUGGACCAAACUAAAAGUCAUGGAACCUGGUCAGACAUCAAGCCACCUGUAUCACCAUGGGGAUUGUGCUUCAGAAGGAAAGUGGAGGAUAGGGUGGAGCCCCUGUUGUUGCUGAAGGCAGCCCGCAUUCUGCAGACCUGCCAGCGCUCGCCUCACAUUCUCGCUGGCUGCAUCCUCUAUAAAGGACUGAUUGUCAGCACCCAGCUCCCGCCCUCCCUCACCGCCAAGGUCCUGCUUCACCGAACAGCACCUCAGGAGCAGAGACUCCCUACGGGAGGGGAUGCCCCGCAGGAACAUGGAGCGGCAUUGCCCCCGAAUGUCCAGAUUAUCCCUGUUUUUGUGACCAAAGAGGAAGCCAUUAGUCUCCACGAGUUCCCGGUGGAACAGAUGACAAGGUCUCUAGCAUCUCCAGCAGGACUCCAGGAUGGUUCAGCCCAGCACCAUCCAAAGGGUGGGAGCACAUCUGCCCUGAAAGAAAACGCCACUGGCCAUGUGGAAUCCAUGGCCUGGACUACCCCAGAUCCCACAUCCCCUGACGAAGCUUGUCCAGGUGGCAGGAAGGAGAACGGAUGCUUGUCUGGCCAUGAUCUGGAGAGCAUCAGGCCUGCAGGACUGCACAACUCUGCCAGGGGUGAGGUUCUUGGCCUCAGCUCCUCCCUGGGGAAGGAACUAGUCUUUCUCCAAGAAGAACUCGACUUGUCUGAAAUCCACAUUCCAGAGGCUCAGGAAGUGGAAACGGCCUCAGGUCAUUUUGCCUUCCUACAUGUGCCUGUUCCAGACGGCAGGGCUCCUUACUGCAAGGCAUCUCUCAGCGCCUCCAGCAGCCUGGAACCCACGCCUCCUGAGGACACAGCCGUCAGCAGCCUGCACCCUCCCUCUGCUCCUGAGAUGCUGACCCAGCAUGGAGCCCAAGAGCAGCUCGAAGACCAUCCUGGCCAUAGCAGCCAAACCCCCAUUCCCAGAGCAGACCCUAUCCCCAGAAGGACCCACAGGCCCUUGUUAUUGCCUUGCUUAGAUCCAGGGCAGAGAGGAAACAAGCUUCCCACGGGGGAACAAGGCCUGGAUGAGGAUGUUUAUGGGGUCUGUGAAAGCCACGCAGCCCCUGGUCUGGAAUGCAGUUCAGGCUCAGCAAACUGUCGGGGUGCUGGCCCCUCUGCAGAUGGAAUCGGCUCCAGGCUGACACCAGCAGAGUCCUGCAUGGGGCUCGUGAGGAUGAAUCUCUACACUCACUGUGUCAAAGGGCUGGUGCUGUCCCUGCUGGCUGAGGAGCCGCUGCUGGGAGACAGCGCAGCCAUAGAGGAAGUGUACCACGGCAGCCUGGCGUCGCUGAAUGGGCUGGAAGUCCACCUGAAAGAGACGCUGCCCAGGGAUGAGGCAGCCUCCACGAGCAGCACCUACAACUUCACACAUUACGACCGCAUUCAGAGCUUGCUGAUGGCAAACCUGCCACAGGUGGCCACCCCGCAGGAUCGCCGCUUCCUCCAGGCCGUCAGCCUGAUGCAUAGCGAAUUUGCCCAGCUGCCCGCGCUUUAUGAAAUGACUGUCAGAAAUGCCUCCACGGCUGUGUACGCCUGUUGCAACCCCAUCCAGGAGACAUAUUUCCAGCAGCUGGCACCUGCAGCACGGAGCUCCGGCUUCCCAAACCCUCAGGAUGGCGCCUUCAGCCUCUCCGGCAAAGCGAAGCAGAAGCUGCUGAAGCACGGGGUGAACUUGCUCUGAACUGCACCCAGGAGGUGACUGGGAAGGAGAAAACCAGCAAAGGAAGCUCUGCCUUUUAUAAUUGAAAAGGCCCCUCUAUUUUAUUUUUCUUGAAAACAUUCCCUUUUUUAGGAACAUAAUGAUAUUUGAGUUUUUGUUAUUCCUUUUGCAGAUUGGGAUGUGUUUUGGGGGCAGGGGUUAGUUCUUCAGGUCGGCAGACCCAGAGCACUUGAUAAAGAACUGUAUUUCAUCGGUGGUGUUGGGGCUGGGACGGGCUUGGCUCCCUCUCUGCCAUACUGAGCCUGAGGUAUUUCAUAUCUCCUGCUGCUGUUCCAUCCCAGCUUGAAUUGGUGCCACAAGCUUCCAAGUUGGCAUUUUUUCUAGAACCUGAUCGUCCACUAGCCCAGAGUGUGUGUGUUCAACCCCCACACCAGGUGGUGGUAGGCGGUGUGACUGCACAGCGAGGUGCCGGAUCUGUGAGCAGGCCGACUCCACGCCCACGCCGCAGGUAGGUUUCUCCAGUGCGCUCUUGCUGGGAGGUCCGGAUCGUUCCUGCAGGGAAGCGGCAGCACACGGAGACCACUUGGUUGAAUUCUGUUGGAACUCUACUCAAAUCUAGGGGCGUCUUCUUUGGACCCACAAUGGGGGCAAGCCUUAAUAAUAUGGAAGGGAGUUUGGGCUUUAGAGAUCCCUUUAUAAAAGCCCUGGGGGCUGAGCCCUGAGAAUUCAGUGACAACAGGACCAACCUGCGCUGCCUUUGACUACAAGUGGGCCGUGCAGCUGGUUCCUCUUGAGCGAGUGUCCCUAAAUAGGAGUUUACAAGAUGUCUGGGGGUAAAAGCAACUGUGCUUUUCAGUGGUGGCUGCAUGAAAGGGAAUGACAUUCAGUUGUGUGUUCCUGGGCUUGUGUGGUACUUAAAACCUCAGUUCUAUUACAUUAUAGUCAGACAUUUUUUUGACAGUAUGAGACAGAUUGCAGGAUGAAAAUAUUUGUCAAAAUCUUAACUGAAUGUUUACUGGAAGUACUUGAGAUUCCAUUUGAGAGUUGUAUUGUUAAUAAUUUCGUGUCAGUGAACUGAUAUCUGAUGUUUAUGAUAUGGUGUCUUUUUCUUGAAACAAGCUUCCAAGGGCUAGAAAUAAAAUAGCCAAAAAAUGCUAGA